UAGACUUAUCAAUAGCGUCUGGAAAAUCAAGCUCCGGACUUUUCGUACAGCGUUCCGUGUUCCGUGCGUCCGUGGAUCGAGAGGCUAUUUGUAGGUACAUAUAUUUUCAUAGGAUCGGAAAUAGGGUUCGAUCAUGGCCAAUCGCUCCAGCCAGCGGGACCGCGAAUUCAACCGUGACAGCACUAGCAACAAUACUAGCAACAAUCGGGACUUUAAUCGAGAUGGCGGCAACCAUCGUGAUAAUCGCGAUAAUCGUGACAAUCGAGACAGUCGUGGCAACUUCCGUGACUUUCGCAAUCGUGACAGGGAUCGCGAUCGCCCGCGUCAGGUGCCCACGGAUCCACCUUUCAUCGCCUAUGUGGGCAAUCUGCCCAAGGGCCUCGUCCAAGGCGAUGUCAUGAAGAUCUUCUCGGACUUCGAGGUGAAGAAGGUGCGCCUGAUCAAGGAUCGGGAGACGGACGAGUUUAAGGGCUAUGGCUACGUGGAGUUUGAGACUCUGUCCCAGCUGAAACAGGCCCUCUCCUGCAACGGGCGCAUCAAGCUGGACAACUUUUCGGCCCCCUUGCGCAUCGAUAUAGCCGAUCAUCGUCGACAGACUCCGGCCUCCAGCAUAGGACCAGCUGGAGGACCCAGUGGCUCUCAAGGCCCAGAAAGAGGUGGCGGUAGGGGACCCAUUGCCAGUAGCGGUGGUGGUAACGGAUUCAAUGGAGGUGGUAAUGGAGGCAAUCCCUACUACCAAAGACGCAAUUAUCGGCGGGACGACAGCGUAGGAUCCCAUCAGUAUCGACGGAGGGAGACGCCCAGCAGCAGCAGCCACCAAAUGUCCAACAGCAGCCCCACCCAAAGCACCAUGUCCCUAAACUACGACCGCAGAGGUGGUUACAACGGCCGCGGUGGUGGAGGUGACCGGGGCGGCGGCAAUGGCAAUCGCUACCAAGAAGGAGCUCCACGUCUGAGUUUCGAUGAUCGGGACGGACAGCAUUCGCCUAACAACGGAGGAUUCGAACGCAACCGCAACUUCAACUUCAAUCGCUCCUACAAUAGCGUUGGCGGAGGAGGUGGACCUAACAGGAGUGGCAAUCUGCAGAGAAACUUCAACGGCAACGCAGCCGGUGGAUAUGGCAAUGGGAAUUAUACCAACUUUGUCCAGAAUCGAAACCGCGAUCGUCGUGGUCACUACAACCCCAAUUCUGGGAGGUUCAAAGACAACGGCAACUUUGACCGGGAUGACAAGGGUCCUUUGUCGGGAGUCCCGGAAUCGGGAACAUCGGCCACCGGGCCAACUUCGAGCAACAUGUUCGGGGUACUCGACGAUGACGAUCGGCCAAAACUGGUUCUGAAACCAAGGACGGUGACUGCCCCCAUAAACUCCCUGGCCGAGACCAAGCAGGCUGCACUGAUCUUUGGAAAGGCCAAGCCCCGCGACGACAAUACCACGCCGGUCUCCUCGCCGCGCCAGGAUCUAGAGGACACUGUGGAUGCUCUGACCGAGGCUCUGGCCUCCUCUGCAAAUACUCCGGAUGCUGCAGAGUCCAGUGUGGGCGGCCACUAAGCUGCAGGGUCCUCUUUCUGAUCACUGUAGUGCCGUCCGGAUCAGAAUGGAGAGAUCUUUAAAUAAACUUUUCACCGGCCAUUUAUAUUUUUGUUAGCUUUGUACCCAGUCAUGUUAGGUUGUUCUAAAUCGGGUCCGUAAUCGCAAUCCAUUUCCAAUUCAUUCCAAUUCAAAAUUCGUAUUAUUGUAGUACCCCUUCCUUAAGCUUUCAUUGUAACCAUGUGAUCAAGCACACGAAUAAAUUAUCAUUAACUAUA